ACAUGGCCGGACGGGAGAAAGCGCGCGAGACGGCCAGAUCAGCUGGAAGCUUAAAAACCUCCACUGAUAAAAAAGUGCAUGGAGCAGGUGAGACGUUUCCUCAGUGGCCGCGUCUAUCAUGUGAAAACAUAAAGCUGGUGAUGAAGCUGUCUGUGGACCAGAUGCAGCGGCGAUUUGCGGAUGUACUUGAUUUGAAGAAACACCAAACCUGUGUGAAUGAGGCCUCGUUGUUGAGCUAUUUUGUUACAGGAUUUUGGUGGGCCAAGCAGAUGAACUUUACAAGCCAGCAAAUUUCAUUUAUUAUGGCCCUUUUACAGCUGUUGCUUGACAAUAUUAAAGACCAGCACAUGUCAUUUGCCGACAAUCUCAAGGAGUUCACUCGGAUGCUGCUGACAACUAGACAGUCAUCACGAUCAGCAAGCACCACUUUUAAUCCGCUGUUUGAUGUGGAUCAAAUCAAAUCCAUUACGGAUUACUUCAUGAGCAGUCUUUUCCAGCAUUACAGCCUCUAUGAAUUCCUCUUCACUCAUCCGAGAGACGACAUGCUGCUAACAAUGGAGAGAACCAUCGAGAUAGUUAAUUCAGCUGACUUCAUCACUCCUCUGGAAGAGGGAACGCCAGUUGAUGACCUCCAUCACGGAGCUCCGUCCCCCGCCUCAUCACCUGACCAGGAUUUGGACACAAGCAUGGAGAAGAAUGGGGAAAAAUCUGGUGAAUGUGAACAGGGAGAAAGACACGAAAACCUGGAAAGCUUCAGCGUUGAAGAUGUUCGAGAAGUGCUUGGGGAGGUGACCAGAGAGAUGCUGGUAAAGCUGCAGGCAGAUUUCUCUGAGAAGCUGCACAUCCAGGAAAAGACCUACACAGCCAGGUUAGAGAGUCUCAAGAAACUGACAUCCAAAAAGCUCUAAAGAAAGGGGGAACAUCAACAACUGUUCUUCUCCUACAGUAUAUGACACUAAUAGUUAUACAGUAAUUCCAGUACACUUUAUAGAAAUCUUUAUGACAGUCUGUGCUGUUGAAGAAGAAGAAUUUCCAGCAACUUCUUUAUGAUUUAUUAAUAAAUUACAUAAUCCUGUAUUUACAUCCAAGUUGUGGAAUGUCCUGGAAACAAGUUUGUUUCCUGUUUCUACUUACAGCAUCAGCACACAGCAGUCAUUUCACCAGUUUGUUUCUUCUUGCUAGAAGUUAAAAAGACAAAAAAUGUUGCUUGCUGUGCCAAAAAGCACAAACUGUAGCUUCUUCCAUAAACAUUAGGUAAAAGUCUCCUCACAGAACACUUCACCAUGUCAAUGAUUAGUUUUUUUUUUUCUUUAUUGAAAAAUGACAAUAAUCCAUUUAUUAUCAGGUUUAGAUUAUGUGGGAUCCUCCACUGUCUAAGUCCUUGUGUAUGAGCUGUUAUUAAUGUAUUUAAAUGAGUGCAUUAAUAUAAAUCUGUGCUUUGAAUUAAAAAGAAAAAAAAAACACAGAAAAAACUGCUGUUAUAAUCCAUUCAACACCUUCUGAGCAAUCAUUUUUGGGAAUUACCCUUAACUUUUUGGUAGAGCACAUUAUGAAAAAAAUGUGAUGAACCUAACCCGAUUGAGCCAUCUCUACCAUUUGGUCUAGAUAUGCUAUACUGAAAAUCAACUAGCUGGCUUUUUAUGCCAGGUGUAUGUAAUUGGUGUUUGUGUCUCUGGCUUGUACCAUGGUAAUAAUACAGAAAAGCAGUUUCAAAAUAAAUUUACACCC